UCACUCCCACUGUCCGAUCAUUUCUCUCCACAUAUAAACUCUCCCCCUAUCGGAAACCCUAAUCAAAGCAAUAGGGUUUGCAAAUCACAAGCCAAAACCAGCGCCACACUUCUUCUUCUAUCUAACCCCUCUGCAACUCCCACUACCUUCAACACCUCUCUGAACAUGGCGACUCAGAUGAGCAAAAAGCGAAAGUUCGUUGCUGAUGGAGUGUUCUUUGCUGAGCUGAACGAGGUGUUGACGAGAGAGCUGGCGGAGGACGGAUACUCCGGGGUCGAGGUCAGGGUAACUCCGAUGCGGACCGAGAUCAUCAUCAGAGCCACUCGCACUCAGAACGUCCUCGGUGAGAAGGGGAGGAGGAUCAGGGAGCUGACCUCGGUUGUGCAGAAGCGGUUCAAGUUUCCGGAAGGCAACGUGGAGUUGUACGCCGAGAAGGUGAACAACAGGGGACUCUGCGCUAUUGCUCAGGCUGAGUCCCUCCGUUACAAGCUCCUCGGUGGACUCGCCGUUAGGAGGGCCUGCUAUGGUGUAUUGAGAUUCGUUAUGGAGAGUGGCGCAAAGGGAUGCGAGGUGAUUGUUAGCGGAAAGCUGAGGGCACAACGUGCCAAGUCAAUGAAGUUUAAGGAUGGAUACAUGAUCUCUUCUGGUCAGCCGGUCAAUGAGUAUAUUGAUUCAGCCGUUAGACAUGUUCUCUUAAGACAGGGUGUACUUGGUAUCAAGGUGAAGAUCAUGCUGGAUUGGGAUCCCAAGGGGAAGCAGGGUCCAACAACACCCCUCCCUGAUGUUGUCACAAUCCAUACUCCUAAAGAAGAAGAGGAUUAUGUCCACAGGCCCGCGAUACAGCCAAUGGCAACCGAGGUCGAACAACCCCCAAUCAUGAUUUAAGCCAUUAGCGACCGCUGGCCGUAGUUUCCUUCAAAUUGGGUUCAAAUGCUUCUAUUUUCUGCAAAUUUGAGUUGUAUUAGUCUUUUGCAGUGACGGUGUUGGGUAUAACAGAAGAGACCCUUGCCAAAGUUUUGGCUGGCUUGAAGUUUUGCUUUGUUUAUGUAACAAGAUUUGCUUAAUCUAUUCGUAUUGUUUGUUUC